UAUCACCACCUCCAGUAUACGGACUACUGGAACGGUUACUUAUCUCAAGACUUCAAGACUCAAGGAUACUACAAGUGGUAUCUUCGCCUCUUUCCUGGAACUUCCGCUGCGCCUCUCAAUGGCUGCCAACGAAGAACAGAUGGUGGCCGAAGAAGAGAUGCUCUGUGACGAGGAUCAUUGCUACGCUUGCGGAAGGCCUUUUGAGAAGAGCACCCCGGUUGCUCAACCCAAUCCUGCCGCACAGACUGCGGAUGAGCGCCCUAGGCCUCGGGCUAAUCCGGCGGCUGCCGCUGUUGCUACGGACGAGGCCGGCGCUGGGCCGUCGUCUAGCGGGCGCGACCAUGGACCUGCUCCUGGUGGCGAGGUUCUGCGGGCUCAGACGGAUCCGGAGUCCGACGAGGAGCCUACGCCGAAGCGCAACCGCAACAACUCUGGUCGUGCGGCCGCCAACGCGACCAAGGCGGGCAAGGGCAAGGACCGGGCUGCUGUCCUGGCCAGUCGCGAGGGGAAGGACCCCAAGGAGUUCCUGCGCAAGUACCGUUGCACGCGUGAGGAGUUCUGGCGCCGUGAGGACAACAACCUCUGCUGGUACUGCGCCUCGCCGGACCACCGGGCUGCUGACUGCCCGAACAAGCCCGACGACGCUGACGACGGCAACGGCAAGGGCAAGCGUCCGUUCAAGGGCAAGGGCGGCAAGGGCGGCAACGGUGGCAACGGCAAGGGCAAGAACAAGACGGCUGCUUAGGGGGUUGCCCAGGAAGGUAGCGAGGGGUUGCUACCUGGGUUCCUUUCACUACCUGCCAAACCUGCGUUUCUAUCUGACUGGCGUGAGACGCGGGUGGUGCUUCCUACGGUGCUAGAGGACGUCGAACAUCUGGUCGGUCGGCGUUUCUCGUUUGAUGCACGGGUGGUUCGUGCUGGCUUUCGAGAGCUCUGUAACCUGUACGAGCCG